UGCUGCCAUGGCACAACUGACUGCGAAGCCAGAUUGAAGAGGCCUUGGACAUGGAGCUGAUUAGACAGGAGGCUGAGCACGGAGCUCUGGAUAUCCAUGGCCUCACCACGUAUGUCCUUGGCACCAUGGCAAGGCUGUGUGCGCCCAUUCGAGAUGAAGAAGUACGAAGGUUGCAAAGCCUCAUAGACCCAGCUUAGCUUCUAAGGGAGAUCUUCCACGUGUUUGGCCUGAUGAGAAUGGAUAUGCUGAAUUUCACCAUCCAGAUCCUCCGCACCCACUUGCAAGACCACACCAUCCAGUAUGAACAGAAGAAAUUCCGGGAACUCUUGGAUAAGCUGCCUAAUACCCUGGAUCGCACAAGAGCAUGACUGUGCAAAGCAGCAGCAGAAGCGUUUGCGUCCUCUUCCAGCUGCCACCCCCACUCCGCAGUCAGUGGCUCACCUGCCGCACACUCAGCAGGGGCAGCCAGCAGCAGCACAACUGGGCCAAGUCUCAUGUCCGUGCUAAAUCGAGGAUACAUGAAUGUGCUUUGCCGGGAGCCUGGGCGAGAGCAAUACCCUGAGACAUUGCUUAUGGAUCAGGCUCGACUGCAGGAAGUACACGUACAGGUGAAUCUGCUUACCGUCAUAGCUGCAGUCCAGCUAGUGACCGCUGGCAUCUGUGGAAGCACCUUAUGUGGCUCACCUGGGUUUGUAGCUAGGCUGAAACAGGUAACAAAGGUCCUCCUGGAAGGGCUGUCUUGUACCAGGUAUGAAGAAGCUUUAGAAGAUACCAGCAACCAAGUGCUCCAGGAAGUCGGCAUACUCUCACAGCUGGGUUCCUCUGCUUUUACCGCUGAGAAAUGUGCUUUCCUGAAAGCCCAGAUAAAAAACAUUGCAGGGAAGGGCAACGCAGUCCGGCACGUCAUUGAGCAGCGGAUUCAUUCCUUCCUUGACCUCUUCAUUUCCCCUGAUGGACAGAAUUCUCAGAAAGAUUUCCCAAAGGGCCUUGAUCCCAUUCAGGAAGAGCUGCUGGAAGUUGGGCACAGGUUUGGAAGCGUCAUGCACAACAGGCAGGUGUUCCGACCUUUCUACUCGGCAUUUCUCAGGGCGCUUUUCCCAGAUGCAGCAGCAGACUCAGAUGGAGGGAUGGCAGAUUCUUACUGAUCAUCUUCACUGCGUACCGGGCAGGGGUGGAACGCAUGCUCCAAGUUUCUCAAAUCAUGCCUCAGCUUGUAAAAAUCAAUCAGAUAAAUCCACAGGGACCAGCGUUGCUACUGGGAAGUGAUUUGGCAUGUCACUAUCUGAAUAAACCUCUCAACUACACGAGGUAGCUUUUUUUUUUUCCUCCCCAAACCCCCCCCUGCCACUAUUUGGUGGGGAAGGCAAUGGGAUGCAGAGCUCAUAAAACUGCAGUGCAGCUUAAGCUUUUCUUAAUUCAAGGUGUUAAUUCUGCCAUGGGCCUGUAACCUACUUUGCUGAAAUGUUAGUCACAGCCCAGGGACGCUGUUUGCAUUUGAUAAAGCCACAUGGUAUUUCAAAUCAUUAAAACGGCUCAAUAUAUUUCAAUGUUAGCUUGAAAACCUGACUUAUUGAAUUAUUAGAAAUGGAACAUAUGGUAUAAAUUUAGCAACCCCUGGUGUAUUUAGUAUUUUACAUCAGCCAGAUUAUACUUGACAUGAAAAUCUGAACUUUAACCUGUAUUUAAAUGUCUGGAUUUCUUGCUCUAAUUUUACAUAAUGAAAAUGUCCUACUUCUUGGCAAGUCAAAAGUCUUUGCUGGGUGAAUACCAUGUACAGUGGCUGCCCAAACUGUUACAGUUGUAACAUGAAACCGCUUGCUGCUGUGCUACAGAGAAGUGAUUUUAGCGUUUAUCGUUAGUAAACUGGGGUCCCGACAGUCCCCAGUGGAUGUUGGUGGGGGUAAAAAUGAGCUUUUCUCACUGUCACACAGAAAGCAUACACAAAGCGGUUGGAGACUGCUGUACUAUAGGUAGAGCCAUCUUUAACAGAAUGUUACAGAGGAUGUAUAGAGGGUAGAUUAGAUAUUAGGAAGAAAUUCUUUACUGCGAGGGCAGCGAGGCACUGGCACAGGGUGCCCAGAGCAGCUGUGGGUGCCCCAUCCCUGGCAGAGCUCAAGGCCAGGCUGGACGGGGCUCAGAGCAACUUGGGCUGGUGCCAGGUGUCCCUGCCCAUGGCAGGGGGUGGGAAUUAGAUGGUUUUUAUGGUCCCUUCCACAAACUGUCCUAUGUGGAUGCGUUUUUAUGCAUCAAUUAGUUUUUCUCAAAAUAAUCAUCAGUAUUUGGAGUCAUUAUGACUAACUGCAAAAAGCACAGUUCAACCAAAGUGACUACUCAGCACCUGCACAACCCCCCAUUCUGCAGCCAAAGAACCACCCUGCGACAGCUCCCAGCUCAUUCGCCUCCUGUGCUCCCCUCCACAGCUGCAGCACAUCGUCUCUGCGCAACGCUCCCGUGUUUUCUUGUUCCUUGGAUUUACGAAGCGGAGCAGGGCAGGUACAGCGCUAGACUGAGCUACCUCAACACCACAAACCUGCCCUGCCUCACCCCUUUUCUCUUACCUUCACAGGUCAGGGCUGUUCGACGAGGAUGAGAACAGCUUUCCUUUAACACACGUGACCAGGAGACUUCAGUCUAACACCGACAUCACGGAGCAAAUGUGUGUCUAAGUUUGUUUAUUAAUUCAGUCUGUUCUAAGUUGUACAAUUAUGAAAACAACAAAACGACUGCUGGAAGCCCAGGAAUAUUUACAAUCUCGCCUUGUUGUCGUGAGGUCAGUCUAUGUUGUUGCACAGAUUGGUUAUGUUUGGUACCACAAGAUGUUUAAAAUUCAGACAAAUUUUGAACAGAUUAACAAUUGUAUAUACAGGAAAUAAAAGGAAAUUCAAGUAUCAAAAUACAGACAGAUUAAAUAACAUUUGUAUUACAAAUCAGUCCCACUGCCAUACAUCACAAUUAGCAAAAAUGUCUACAUUGCAAACUGAACUUGACUGUUCUCUGCCCUGUUAGGGAAUCUCAGGUUAUUCUUCCAUGGGUAAGAAAAGUGUUUGAGCUAGAUUGACUUUGCAAAAGCAGCACAGUUACUUUCUUUUGGGAAAAAAAAAAAAAAAAAGAAAGAAAAGAAAUAAAA